AGGCUGGUAGUGCCCCAGUUAAGAAGUUGCUGGGAGAUCAUAGCACUCACUGUAAGGAACAUAAGCGCAGCUGAAGGGUAUAAAAAGAAGAACUCAGUCGAGCCAACUCCCAGGGACAGGGCAGGAAGAAGCAGCUCUGCAUAGUUUGCUUUGGUUCUUUGUGUGACAGGGGUUGCUGCAGAGACAAAAUGACACGGCUCACUAUUUUAGCAGGUUUGGGCCUGCUGAUGUUCCUCCAAGUUGGUUCUGCCUUCAAGCUGGUGUGCUACUUUACUAACUGGUCCCAGUAUAGACCUGGUGUUGGGAAAUACAUGCCCAACAAUGUUGACCCUUACCUGUGUACUCAUCUGAUCUACGCCUUCUCCGUCCUGAACCAUGCCAACGAGCUUGUCACCUACGAGUGGAACGAUGAGACGCUGUACCAGAGCUUCAACGGCAUCAAAAACAGAAACCCUCAGUUGAAGACUCUGCUGGCUGUUGGAGGUUGGAACUUUGGAACAAGCCAGUUCAGCAUCAUGUGUUCCUCUAAAGCGAACCGCAACAGAUUUAUCCAGUCGUCCAUCAAGUUCCUGCGGACGCACGGCUUUGACGGGCUCGACCUGGACUGGGAGUACCCCGGAGCAAGAGGCAGCCCCCCAGAGGACAAGCAGCGCUUCACUUUGCUGGUCAAAGAACUGCUGGAGGCAUUUGAAGACGAGUCAAACUCAACCAGGAGACCCAGGCUCCUGCUCACAGCAGCAGUGGCUGCUGGCAAGGAGAACGUUGACAGCGGCUAUGAGAUUGCUGAGAUCUCAAAGUACCUGGACUUUAUCAACAUCAUGACGUACGAUUUCCAUGGAGCCUGGGAAUCCUUCACAGGGCACAACAGCCCCCUGUACCGUGGAUCCACUGAUCAAGGGCAACUGAUCAACUUCAAUACUGACUCUGCUAUGAAGUACUGGCAUGACCAGGGAGCUCCACUGGAGAAGCUAAUGAUGGGAUUCGCCACGUACGGACGCACGUUCCGCCUGUCCUCUGGUCAGUCCGGUGUGGGAGCUCCCGCCAAUGGGGCCGCCAUGGCAGGACAGUACACGCGCGAGGCAGGCUUCUGGUCUUACUAUGAGAUCUGUACCUUCCUGCAAGGAACCUCCAUCCAGUGGAUCACAGACCAGAAAGUGCCCUAUGCCACCAAGGCAAAUGAGUGGGUGGGCUUUGACACUGUUGAAAGCUAUGAAACUAAGGUGCGAUAUCUGAAGGACAACAAGUUUGGAGGGGCCUUCGUGUGGGCUCUUGACCUGGACGAUUUCACUGGACAGUUCUGCAGACAGGGCCGUUAUCCUCUUAUCACCAAGCUCCGUACCCUGCUGGAUAUAGAAAUACCCCCCCUGCUCCCCACGACUAACCCCCCUCCCGGCCAAUCCUCUACAGCCAAACCCACCACCACCACCACCAAACCCACCACCACCACCACCAGUGGCGGCAGUGGUUUCUGUGCCGGCAAACCUGACGGCCUGUAUGUCAACAUCUUGGACCGCAACUCAUUCUACAAUUGUGACCGAGGGGUGACCCACCUCCAGAGGUGCCAAACCGGGCUGGUUUUCAACGAUAGGUGCAAGUGCUGUGACUGGCCAUAAAACGUGGUACAUUAACACAGUGUUUGUAUCUGAUCAAAAGCAAGCAUCUGAAGACACCUGUUUUUUUUGGUUUUUUUUUAAAUAAAUCUGCACGAAUCAAAAUGCCUUCUUCAUAUUAAGGCAGGUGACAGUGCCUGAAUAAAGAUUUGAAUAUAUGA